ACUAUCACUAUAUUGCUCUUUUUUCAGCACAUUUAGAUUAUAUGGAACGAUAGGAAAUGCUCUCGAGAUCUCAGUCUUUCACAGCUUGCUUUCGCAUAUGUUCGUCUUGGACAACUGCUUCUUCGAGGGUUUACCCUGUGAUCUCUAAGAGAUGGACUACCUCAAGCUCCAGCGAUACUGUUCCUACAUUGGAAACACCUCCACAUUCAAGAUCAAUAAAGCUGCCCACACCGGCUGACCUCGUAGAUGCUGCACCUCCCGCUCUCAAGCCUUAUUUGCAAUUGAUGCGCCUUCAUACUCCAACUGGGUCAUGGUUACUUUAUUGGCCAUGCACUUGGUCUAUCGCAUUGGCUACUCCUGCAGGUCAACUACCUUCACUUUACUAUCUUCUCUUAUUUGGAGCCGGGUCUGUUUUGAUGCGCGGUGCGGGAUGUGUUGUGAAUGACAUUUUGGACAAAGAAUAUGAUAAACGGGUAGAACGUACAAAAAUGCGUCCUCUAGCUUGCGGGACUUUGAAUCAACGGCAAGCCAUCUCAUUCCUGGCCGUUCUUCUAUCUUCUUCUCUUGCUAUAUUAUUGCAGUUCAACUGGUUCAGCGUCGCUGUGGGCGCCUCAUCCUUGAUUGCUAUAGUGAUAUACCCUUUGGCAAAGCGGUACACUUACUGGCCACAGUUUGUUCUUGGGCUCACGUUCAACUGGGGUGCACUACUCGGCUGGUCGGCCGUGCAAGGGUCACUCAGUUACGCACCGAUCGCGCUCUACUUAUCUGCCCUUCAGUGGACUCUUCUGUACGAUACGAUUUAUGCGCAUCAGGACAAAACGGAUGACAUAAUGAUAGGCGUGAAGUCUACCGCGCUUCUUUUUGGAGACAAAACAAAAUAUUGGUUGACCGGCUUUGGUACCGCUGCCAUUGCUGGUCUUGCUGUCACUGGUCAGCUUGCUGAACAGACUUGGCCGUACUACGUCGGCUUAGCAGCUACUUCUCUGCACUUUGGAUGGCAAAUCGGCACUCUAGACAUAAAUGACGGAAGCGACUGCUGGAAAAAGUUCAGAUCUAACCGAUGGAUGGGCGCCAUACUGUUUUCUGGAAUUGUUGCCGGCACUCUUCUGAAGGAAGAUGAGAGCUCUGAUUUCAAACUUGAAGAUGACGAAGACAAUGAAGUCUGA